AUGUUCCGUCUCGAGUACAGCAAACAGCGCGUUCCCCCGCGUGUCCGUGGCCAACAUUCAAACUCCGCCGGCCCGCAACAUCGGUCCGGGAUCGAACCCAACGCGACCACGGGGCCUUCUUCUUCUUCUCCUCCUCCUCCUCCCGCCCCGGUCCCUCCAGCAGCGGUCCGGGCACCAGCGGCACAGCGCGUGUCAGCAGCCCGCGACGGCGCAACAAUGUCGGCAGAAAAACGACGGGGAGCGCCGGGGGAAGUGAGGCUGAUCCCUCCCACUUGUUUUGAGAUUCCCACUGACCAGAAUGCAGAGGCUCCUGUUGCCAGGCACAACACGAGCACCCGCAGUACAUUUGAAAGCCUCAUCCGCCUCAAGCCUUCCACACCGGCCCCCCCUGACCCUGGAGGAUUACGCCUGGCCACAGGGUUUUCCUCCCAGCUGCACCUGUCAAGGCAGCGCUCAGAUCCACGAGGUAGCCCGUCACCCGGGCUCAGAUCCUCCCUCCACCUGCGCUCCGAGUGCUGCCGGUCAGACCCGCCCAGCUCCACGCGCCCGUGUGUCGCCUACUUGAUUGACAUGGAGCUGGUGGUGACCACGCUCUUUACUUCCAGAGCCCUGAGUUCACUUUCUGUUCAGCCGGGGAAACUUUUUGCAGGCGAUUGUGACUUCGAGAAGCCGCUGGCGGCGUGCGGCUACAGCCAAGGAAGAGAGGACGACCUGGACUGGGAGCAGAGCAACACCAGAGAGAAACCUCCAUCAGACCCCUGGAUGCCCUCAGGCUCGGCCUUUGUGAUGGUGAACACCUCCGGGCGCUUCGCCGGGCAGAAGGCCUUGCUGCUGACUCCGCAGCUGAAGGAGAACGACACCCACUGCGUCACCUUCAGCUUCUACAUCGGAGGCCGGGACAGCAGCCACCCGGGCCACCUGAACGUCUACAUCAAGGAGAACAACAGUCCCAUGGGCAUGCCGGUCUGGAACGUGUCGGGUCCGGCCACUCGCUCCUGGUCACAGGUGGAGCUGGCGGUCAGCACCUACUGGCCCAACCUCUACCAGAUUGUGUUUGAAGCAGUAACCUCAGGGCAGCGCGGCCUGCUGGCCAUCAAAGACGUCGUGGUCCAGGGCCACCAAUGCAUGAACACACCUCAUUUCCUGACGAUAAAGGGCGUGGAGGUCAACGCCGGGCAGACGGCUUCGUUCCACUGCACCGUCAACGGACGCAAGAGGGACAACUUCCGCCUCUGGCUGCAGGGCAUCGGCGGACGGGAGGCCCCGAUGAAAGCCACUAAACCUUGGAACAACCGGCGCUUCAUCGGCACUUUCGACGUGGAGAACACGACCAAGGGCGACUCGGGCCGCUACCGCUGCAUCGUCCACUCGGACAAAGGCGUCGGAGUGUCCAAUUACGGGGAGCUCACCAUAAAACAACCCCCCGUGCCUAUUGCUCCCCCCCAGCUGACCGCUGUCGGCGCCACCUACCUCUGGAUCCAGCUGAACGCCAACUCCAUCAACGGGGACGGCCCGAUCAUCGACCGGGAGGUGGAGUACCGCACGGUGUCCGGCACCAUGUACGACCUGCAGCCCGUGGACAAGACCACACACAAGAUCGGCCACCUGGACCCGGACACCGAGUACGAGAUCAGCGUCCUGCUGACCCGACCUCUGGAGGGGGGCACCGGGGCCCCGGGGCCGCCUCUGAGGGCCAGGACCAGAUGUGCCGAGCCCAUGCACGGCCCACGCAAGCUGGAGGUGGUGGACAUCCAGUCCAAGCAGGUGACCGUGCGCUGGGAGCCACUGGGCUACAACGUGACCCGCUGCCACAGCUACAACCUGACGGUCCAGUACCGCUCCCGGGUGGCCGGCAAGGAGGAGACCCGGGAGGAGGUGUGCUACGACACGCAGAGCCGCGACCCGCAGCACACCAUCCACCACCUGACGCCCUUCACCAACCUCAGCGUCAAGCUGGUGCUCCGCAACCCGGAGGGGGUCAAGGAGAGCACGGAGCUCGAGGUGCAGACGGACGAGGAUGUGCCGGGGGCCGUGCCUCUGGACUCCAUUCAGGGCAGUGCCUACGAGGAGAAGAUCAUCCUGAAGUGGAGGGAGCCGGCGCAGACCUACGGGAUCAUCACUCAGUUCGAGAUCUCCUACAAGGCGGUCAGCUCCUUCGACCCCGAGCUGGACCUCUCCAACCAGAGUGGGAAGGUGGUGAAGCUGGGCAACGAGACCACCCACACGUUCACAGGCCUCUACCCGGGCUCCACCUACUCCUUCACCCUGCGCGGCAGCACGGCCAAGGGCUACGGCCCCCCGGUCAUCACCCAGUUCACCACCAAGAUCUCAGCUCCCUCCAUGCCGGCGUACGAUCAGGAGACAUCUCUGAACCAGACAGACAGCACAGUGACUGUACUGCUGAAACCUGCCCAGAGCAGAGGUGCACCAGUGAGUGCGUACCAGGUGGUGGUGGAGGAGGAACGUCCACGCAGAGCACGGGGCACGGCAGAAAUCCUGCGCUGCUAUCCAGUUCCCAUUCACUUCCAGAACGCCACGCUCCUGAACUCCCAGUACUACUUCACCGCUCAGUUCCCCGCCGCUGGCAUCCACUCUCCACAGCCCUUCACUGUGGGGGACAACAAGACCUACAACGGCUAUUGGAACGCAGCACUGCUGCCCCAGAAGAGCUACAGCAUCUACUACCAGGCUGUCAGCACGGCCAAUGGGGAGACCAAGAUCGACUGUGUGCGAGUCGCCACCAAAGCCGCCAUUCUCGUGACUCAGCUCACGACCCCCUACCUCCGCGUGGCCCCAGCGGCUGGUGACAACCAACUAACAGGAGCAGCCACUCACAAGCCCGACGCCGUGGAGCCCGAGAAACAAACCGACCACACGGUGAAGAUCGCCGGGGUCAUCGCCGGCAUCCUCCUCUUCGUCAUCAUCUUCCUGGGAGUCGUGCUGCUCAUGAAGAAAAGAAGAACCUAUCACUCCUACACUUACUACCUGAAAUUGGCCAAGAAGCGCAAGGAGACGCUGAACAGCACCCGGCAGGAAAUGACGGUGAUGGUCAACUCCAUGGACAAGAGCUACACGGAGCAGGGCACCAACUGCGACGAGGCGCUGUCCUUCAUGGACACACACAGCCACACGCUGAACACACACAGCCACACGCUGAACACGCUGAACACACGCAGCGAGUGUGCGCUCACGCUCACCGGUCGCAGCGAGUGCAACCUCACGCUCAACGGUCGAGCCGGUUCAUCCCCCUCUUCCUUCACGCUGCCCAAAGCCAACACUCUGACUGCCUCCAUCCCCACCAACGCCUACUACCCAGAUCCCUUUGUGCCAACCGCCAUCCUAGUGCCCAUUAAUGACGAGAGCCAGAACAUGGGCAGCGACACCAGCAGCCUGGUGCAGUCCCACUCCCUGAGGAAGAGGGAGCCGGUGGACGUGCCCUACCAGACGGGUCAGCUGCACCCGGCCAUCCGCGUGGCCGACCUCCUGCAGCACAUCACCCAGAUGAAGUGCUCCGAGGGCUACGGCUUCAAGGAGGAGUACGAGAUAAACGAGAGCUUUUUUGAAGGACAGUCGGCGCCAUGGGACUCUGCCAAGAAGGAUGAGAACCGCAUGAAGAACCGAUAUGGGAAUAUUAUUGCAUAUGAUCACUCCCGUGUCAGGCUGCAGGCCCUGGAGGGGGAACAGAGCUCCGAUUACAUUAAUGCAAAUUACGUUGAUGGUUACCACAGGCCGAACCACUACAUCGCGACUCAAGGGCCGAUGCAGGAGACGGUGUUCGACUUCUGGAGGAUGGUCUGGCAGGAGAACACGGCAGCCAUCGUCAUGGUGACCAACCUGGUGGAAGUGGGACGGGUGAAGUGCUGCAAGUACUGGCCCGAUGACACGGAGAUCUACCGGGACAUCAAGGUGACGCUGAUCGAGACCGAGCUGCUGUCGGAGUACGUCAUCAGGACCUUCGCUGUGGAGAAGAGAGGGGCUCACGAGAUCCGGGAGAUCCGACAGUUCCACUUCACGGGCUGGCCGGACCACGGCGUCCCCUAUCACGCCACAGGGCUGCUGGGCUUCAUCAGGAGGGUGAAGUCCAAGACCCUGACCAAUGCUGGACCCAUGGUGGUUCACUGCAGCGCCGGCGCCGGUCGGACCGGCUGCUUCAUCGUCAUCGACAUCAUGCUGGACAUGGCCGAGCGAGAGGGCGUGGUGGAUAUUUACAACUGUGUGAGGGAGCUGCGCUCGCGGAGGGUCAACAUGGUGCAGACUGAGGAGCAGUAUGUCUUCAUCCACGACGCCAUCUUGGAGGCGUGCCUCUGCGGCGACACCACCAUACCCGCCAGUCAGCUGCGCUCCGUCUACUACGACAUGAACCGCCUGGACCCGCAGACCAACUCCAGCCCCAUCAAGGAGGAGUUCAGGACGCUGAACAUGGUGACGCCCACGCUGCGGGUGGAGGACUGCAGCAUCGCCCUGCUGCCCCGGAACCACGAGAAGAACCGCUGCAUGGACGUGCUGCCGCCGGACCGCUGCCUCCCCUUCCUGAUCACCAUCGACGGGGAGAGCUCCAACUACAUCAACGCCGCGCUCAUGGACAGUUAUAAGCAGCCCUCUGCGUUCAUCGUGACCCAGCACCCGCUGCCCAACACGGUGAAGGACUUCUGGAGACUAGUGCUGGACUACCACUGCACCUCCAUAGUGAUGCUCAACGACGUGGACCCAGCCCAGUUGUGCCCACAGUACUGGCCAGAAAACGGCGUCCACCGACAUGGACCCAUCCAGGUGGAGUUUGUCUCCGCCGACCUGGAGGAGGACAUCAUCAGCAGAAUAUUCCGGAUCUACAACGCAGCGCGGCCACAGGACGGCUACCGGAUGGUGCAGCAGUUCCAGUUCCUGGGCUGGCCCAUGUACAGGGACACGCCCAUGUCCAAGCGCUCCUUCCUCAAGCUGAUCCGACAGGUGGACAAGUGGCAGGAGGAGUACGACGGGGGCGAGGGACGCACUGUGGUCCACUGUCUGAACGGAGGAGGCCGCAGUGGAACCUUCUGUGCCAUCAGCAUCGUGUGUGAGAUGCUGCAGCACCAGCGCUCGGUGGACGUGUUCCACGCAGUCAAGACACUGAGGAACAACAAACCCAACAUGGUGGAUCUACUGGACCAGUACAAGUUCUGCUACGAGGUGGCGCUGGAGUACUUGAACACUGGGUAA